AUGGAAUUCCAUGAAUGUCCCGACGAAGAGUUAGGUGUUCGACUUUUUCUACGUCGAAUAUUUCUCGAUCCCAUCAGUUCCCCACUUAACCUGGGUCCAGCAUGGGCAGAUCUUAGUAACACCAACUCUUCAGUAUCUAGUUCAAAAAGUAGCUCUUGUUUUUCAAGUACUGCCGAUCUGCUCAGUUCCUGCUACGUGUCGUCUUCUAGUAUCUCCUCUUCCGACGAUAAUGUCUGGCCAACUGCGGGCAUUCUUGCCAACAUUCUUCAGUCCUAUCCCUUCGUUCAUCAGGCUCGUCUACUUUUCAUUCUCUAUGGGCCAGUUCAUAAGGGUAUAUUUACUGGUUCUAAUGCACGCCUAAUGUGGAACAUAAUGUGCGAGAACACAGCGGCUGACUUGAAGCAGUUAUCUGCAUGUUUCGGUGAAUUAGGACGGGUUCUCAAUAGCCUUUGGCUCUCCGGUCACUGGUCAGCCAGUGAUACCGUUGCUGUUUUGCAGGAGAUCACCAACACUCCUGAUGGUUGGCUGGCUGAGAAUGUCGCUUGUCUCUUGCACUCAGCUGGUCCUCAGCUGGCGUCGUUGGCAGUGCAACACAAGGCCAGCAAGGGCUACGUCACCGAACUUGCUGUCAUCCUCACCUCUUUGUGCCUUGUUCAGGUGAAGAUCAAAGAAGAUCUAUCGGGUCUACUAAAACUUGUGGGUGAUGCCGUUCAGGCCACUGGCAGCGGCUACAGGGAAGAGUUUCUAGACUCACUAUCCAAUGCGUUCCGAGGCGUCAUAGUCGAUCUAUACGAGACUGACGAGUUAGACGAAAGACUUGAAGACUUCUCAAUCAUUCUCAAGGCCCAAUCUCACUUCUUCCGAGCUCUGCUCGCGCGAAUUUACGAAGAAUAA